CCGUCGCCGUCGCGACCGCCUGUCAGCCCUAUCACGCCGACGCUAGCGCCAGCGCAGUUGCCGGCCACUGCCGCUACCAGUACUUCGUCUGGCUACCCUCGCGAUUUCGCGCUAGGCCGCCCUGCAUUUGCGCACUCGCAGCCUGACCAGGUCGGCAUCCUACCGCCGCCUGUCGUCCCUAUAGCCUUCGACGACAACCCGGACGUGCUGGCCCUCAAGAGCGCCAUCUCCAUCCUGCAGCUGCAGCGCGCGCGCGCAACUGCCGACAUGCAGACUCUCAGUCGGGCCAAGGCAGCCGCACUGGCGGACCCCGGCGCGUUCGUCGCCGACUUGGUUUUGGGGCGGGAGAACGCCGAGGACGGGAAUGCAGACGGCAACGUCGCCAUGGCCGGGACCAGCGCCGCCGGCACGGAAUCACAGGCGACACCAAGUAGUGCUGACAAAAUAAAGAAAAAGAAAAACAAGAAGCGGCGUAAAGCCGAAAAAGAUGUCGCCGCCGCGGCAGCGGCCUGGCGCAAGCUUCCCAAGCCACAGAACGUCGUGCGCUGCCCGCCCGUCAACUGGGCACAGUACGCUGUAGUAGGCGAGUCGCUAGACAAGCUGCACGCCGAGCAGGUAGCGGCGCCGUCGCUGGGGGCACCGGCGGUGCUGGGGCCGGGGGGCGCGUACGAGUUCAAGGCUGGUGCUCAGAAAGCGCCUGCGAACGAACCGCCUCCGCGGCGUCUCGUGGGAAUUGCCGCGCCGUACACGCCGGGGAGGGACAAGCUGGAGAAGAAAGCGAAG